UGUGGGGUGCCUCUAAGAAAACUAGAGGUCCUGCUCCUCUCCUCCCUCUUCUAGGGCCUGCGGGUCCCUGGGGCUCCUAGCUAUAACUGCAGCAUUAGAAGACUGGCUGUGUUAGGAUCAAAAGCCUCUUUGGCAAGGCCUUCCCCACCCUCUCGCCUGCUUACUGCUUCUGGGGAUCCCAGCAACAGGCAGCCCUUUGCUCUUCCCGGCGAGCCUGCGGAUGCUACUUGAGAUGGCCCCUUUUGGUUGCUGGGGCCUGCCCGCGGCCCUUCUCACCCUGCUCUGCUGCCUAGGGUCUAGCGAGACGGCGUUCGAGGUGUAUGUGUGGCCAGAGCGGGUGGCGGUCAAGUAUGGAGAGUCUCUGAAGAUCAACUGUAGUACCAACUGUCUCCAGCCUGGGACCGGUGGUCUGGAGACCCCCCUGAGCAAGGAACUGCUGGAUGAACAAGCUCAGUGGAAGCAGUUCUUAGUCCACAAUGUCACCAAGGACACAGUCAUGUGUUGCUACUUCACCUGCUUCGAGAAACAGGCGUCAAAGGUUGCCAACGUCAACGUGUUCUACCCUCCAAAGGAAGUGCUGCUAAAUCUACAGCCCACCUGGGUGAUUUUGGGCGGAUCCAUCACCAUGGAAUGCAGGGUGUCUGAUGUGGCACCCCUUGAGAAACUCACCCUCACCCUACUUCAUGGCAACAAAACUCUGCACAAGAAGACAUUUGAGGGGGCGACAGCUGACUCCAAAGAUGCCAUAACCACACAUAAAAUCACGGCUGUCAGGGAAAUGGGCAAGCACAACUUCUCCUGCAAGGCUGAGCUGGAUCUGAGGUCUCUGGGCAACAGCAUCAUUUGCAACGUCUCAGAGCGCCAGAUGGUCAAUGUCUAUGAUCCCACGCCGGGCAACCAGAUGGUCAUCAUCAUCACGGUUGUGUCACUGCUACUAUUGUUGUUUGUGACAUCCGUCGUGCUGUGCUUUGUCUUUGGCCAGCAGUGGAAUCAGAGGCGACGAGGCACCUAUAGGGUGCAGACUGGAAGAGCCUGAGACGGGCCUACCGGGUCCAGGCUACAUGAGCGGUGUGGCCACCACCAUGGCAGCCACUGGAACUCAGUGUGGCUCCUCAGGGCUGUGGUCCAGCCCUGGCUGAAGGACUAUGGCAAGCAGCAGAGGACUUCGGGGACAUUUCCUUUCCUAGUCUGAAUACAAACAGCUGGACUUAACCCUGUGCCUGACCCAGCGGGGCAGAGACGUUCUGUUCCCAAAUGCCCCUCCAGGAACUUGGGCCACUCCCUGUCAGAGCAGGGCAUUGGCCAGCAGAGCCAGCUUCCUGGGUUGAGGGUGGGAGCCGUAAGGGAACUGGCUCAGCUCCAGGGCCUCUCCCACUCAGGCCUCUCCACCAUCACUCUGGGCCUUUAGAGAACUGUGGACAACAAAAGCAGUUCUCUCCUCUCACCUCCUGCUCCAUUAUUAGGGCAAACGGAGACCCCACAGCCCUGGCCUUCCCAGAGAGAGGGGUGAGGGCAGGAGGGGUAGGGAGGGCUCUGGUUCCCAGGCUCCCCGUGGCCCAGGCAGGAACCAGUGGGGCAGAGUUGGGUUUUCAUGUGGUUUCCAGGCCCUUAACGGUACUCUAACAAGCUCUUUCUCAA